UAUUUUUAUUGAAACACAUUCUGAAUUAACUACUUUAUAUAACGAAUUUAAUGAAUUAUAUAAACAUUAUAAUACAAAUAAUGAUAGCGAUGAAAUAGUAGAUGAUGAAGAGUUUUUUAUUGAAAGUCAGACAGAUGAUAGUAUAAUAGAACAAACUGAUGAUAGAAAAGUUGAUAUCAAAUUAGCAAUUAAUAAUGACAACACAACAGUGAAUUUACUUUGUGUAAAUACCAAACCACCUAGUAAAGAUGAAUUUUCUGAUGAAAUAACUCCUCCUGGCUUGAGUUUGGAAUGGCAGUAG